AACGUUGAAGAACGUUUUGGGGUAACGUGUCGUUCAGAACAAUCUGUCACUCAACGUUGCAGACGUUUAAUCGAAUAUAACGCACCCCAGGAUGACCGAUGACAUUGCGCAAAAUAUGAACGCGAGUUGAGACGACUACCUGCUCUGGAACGUACCAAAAGUAUCGCUGUCAGUGGUCGGUCACAUGACUUUCUGAAGCUGGCUGCGCCCUGUAGGGGGCUCGUACAACAUUCUGGAUGACAGUCAAGAAAGAACCAGGCAGCAGUGUGCCAGCGAGGACAAGUGAACAGCAUCUCUGAACUUAUUCUUCCAUUAAAACAUCAGCCCCAUCAUGGACAAGGACGAUUUAAUACUCCCUAAAGACUUCCCCAAGCUGAAGAAUGAUGCAUUCCUUCUUGCAUGCCGAGGACAAGAAACCCCUCAUGUGCCUGUGUGGUGUAUGAGACAGGCUGGACGUUACCUACCAGAGUUCCGUGAGUCCAGAGCGGGAAAGGACUUCUUUGCAACAUGUCGAUCACCUGCAGCCUGCUGUGAACUCACUCUCCAGCCAUUGAGACGUUUCCCAUUUGAUGCUGCCAUCAUCUUCUCAGACAUCCUGGUUAUCCCACAGGCCAUGGGUAUGGAUGUCCAGAUGGUGGCAGGAAAGGGCCCUACUUUCCCAGAGCCCUUAAAGGAGCCAGAGGACCUGCUGCUCCUGCAGUCCAAGGUGGAUGUCAACAAGGAGCUGGAUUACGUCUUCAAGGCCAUUACACUGACGCGCCACAAACUGGAAGGCAAGGUCCCUCUCAUCGGCUUCACUGGUGCCCCGUGGACCCUGAUGGCCUAUAUGAUUGAGGGGGGAGGCUCGACAACCCAAUCCAAGGCUAAGCGCUGGCUGUACCGUCACCCUGAAGCCAGCCACCAGCUGUUAAAGAUGCUGACUGACAUCAUAGUGGAGUACCUGCUGGGACAGGUGGCUGCUGGAGCACAGGCCUUGCAGGUGUUUGAGUCCCAUGCUGGCUGUCUGGGCCCAGCGGAGUUCCAGGAGUUCUCACUGCCCUACCUCCGAGACAUCGCCCGUAAGGUCAAGGACCAGCUGAAGGAGUCAGGCCAGGAUGUCCCCAUGAUUGUGUUUGCCAAGGACGGCCACUAUGGUCUGGAGGACCUCUCUCAGUCCCACUAUGAGGUUGUUGGUUUGGAUUGGACCAUUGACCCUCGCUCAGCGCGGGAGCGAACUGGAGGAAAGGUUAGCCUCCAGGGGAACAUGGACCCCUGUGCGCUAUAUGCUCCCAAAGAGCGUAUAUAUGAGAUAGUGAAAAAGAUGCUGGAAGGCUUUGGCACCAGAGGGUACAUUGCCAACCUGGGCCACGGGCUGUACCCUGACAUGGACCCGGAGAACGUGGGUGCCUUCGUAGAAGCUGUCCACGCUCACUCUCGCCACCUCCUCAACCUCAAGUAACACCCCCGUCACCUGGCAACAUUGACCGCAAUCAUCAAACUAGCAGCGAAGCAGCACCCAAAAACCAAAGCAACAUUGGCUUGGAUUGUAGAGACUAUAUCAUGUAUUCACAGUAAUCCGAAUAACCACCAGGUCUUAUCAAGUAUGGAAUCCCAGGACAGAUCAAGAUGGAUCUUUGUCCAAUUCUGGAUGUUUUUCUCUUUCUGAAGAGAAUACUUCAUGAUGUUCUAUAGAUAAUCCUAAAACAAACAAAACACAUUGCCACAGUGCAAGACGUUGUAAUAUUUCAUAUUAUUCAUGUGUACCACUGAUCUGUUUUAUUCAGAUGUAGUGCACCUAACAUUGAAGAAACAAGUGUACCUUAUCAAAACAACAGUAGUGAAGGAGAUUCAAUGUGAUUAUCCUCAAUGGUUGUGUGAGAGCCUCAGUCCAAUCGUUGUUGUUUAGACUGUUGUACUGCAAUUAUGACUGUGACUGAUGUACACUAAAGCCUAAGCAUUAGUGUGUGUAUAUUUUGCUCAUAGUUUUUUAUUCAGUCAAAUAAAUAUACACAUAUAUUUUAAUUGGACCUGUAUUUCAAAUUAAUCAAAUAAAUUAUAUUGGAUUUUUAUUGGAUGUGUUUUGCCUCUAACACACCCUAAUCGGGAACUAUUGGCUCAUCUUAUUGUGCCCUCUAGAUAUUGCGCUCUGCAGUUCACUCCAGGUUUUCUCUAACCAGCAAUCUUCCAUCUACACAUCGACGGCAAUACCACUGGUGCUUGCGAUUACUAUGGAAACCCUUCAAAUACAAAUGAGAUGUAGCGAGGGAGUGGGGGUCGGGUGUGGCUGGCAUACUGUACAUGAUUUUAUUCAAACCAGUUUAGUGCCAGAACUAAUCUGUCCGGACUUAAUUUGUUUCCACGUUGAACAAACACAUUUUUGAAAUUGGGAAAAGGCUCUAUUUUAUUACUGCUUUUGGCUUAAAGGGAAGUGAUUAUCAUUACAGACUGCAUUUUACACAAGGCAUAAAAGUAGUUAAUCCCCAUGGGUGUUUUUCUAUGAAAGGCAGCUAAGUAGUAGAGAGAAGUAGAUCUGUACAAAUCCAUUUGUUUUUGUUGUUGGAAUGGUGGGAAUAGGAUUCCACAAAAACAUUUCGUCACGUGAUGUUUUGAGUAUUGGACAGUUUUUCUCCUUGUACGUAUGCUCCUCUGCGGUAGGUUGAAUUUAGCAUUUUCCCUACGUAUGGUUAAGGUCAGGAUUGGGAGAGGGGAAGCUGAUCCUCCAUCUGAACCUAGAGGAAACUUGUGUGAAACAUGGCUUGGGGAAGCAGUUCAGAAGGCUCCUGGUUGGAUGGACGACACUCAGCAGCUGUCGGGGCGGCGGUGCUCUCCUUUUCAUUUGGACACAGACGACAGUUGUUGUCACAAUGCAGGAUUAGACUGACCUUGAUUGUGUUGUGAGGAGCUGUUGCCUGUAAACCGCUGGGAAAGUAAAGACAAAUAAAAUAAAUAUUAAGGCCAUAGGACUCGA